UGUUUGCCUGUUACUAGACAACAUUGUAAGUUUUUAGAAAGCAAUAGCUUAGUCGAUUGGUAGCUAAACCUAGCUGUGAGCUGAUCUAAGCUCUGCCCACACAUCAUGCUAACUACCCGGACUUCGAGGCACACCUCGUUGGGUAAUCCAAAGGCGCGGCUAACUCGCAACGCGAGGCAGCCAUGCUUUACGCUGAAGCGUCCGCUGGUCUUUCAGGUGCGCAAAUCGCUGGUGGAGUAUGUGGACGAUGAACUGCUUGCGAUGGAUACAUCGGUGUUCUAUCAGCGCAUCUUCAUACUGGCCAAGAAUGUGGAUCCCAAGCGUGAGAGCCUUCUGCCGCCCGCGGCAUUGGAGAGCCGGGGCAGCACAGAUACGGUUCGCUCAGCUAUAGAUGCAGACACAGCCACGUUGCGCACCGCCGAGGCAAUAAUGGCUGAUGAUGAACAACACUACUCGCAGCAAACCACGCCGGAUGGCUCAGAGGCAAAGGAACCCCCUGAUCAGCAAGCUGAGCGAUUGACAGUUAAAAUUAUAGAUCCAUUGGAUCCGGAUGUGGAAACAGUGACGCGCACAUUUCGAUUUGACGAGGAGGAUGAGGCACAAAUAGAGGCAGAGGUGGAGGAGCAUGCGCCCGAGCCAGAGGGGCCUGAGCAGCCCAAGGACAGGUUCACACUGUUCAGCGAGAUGCUGCGGGAGCUGCACAAGAAAUGCCGUAACCUCUCCUAUACGCCCGAUCCCAUGUGCGGUCUAGUUAUCUACAUGAACGAAUACACCAUGAUGAUGCUGGAGAGCGGCGAGGAUAUGAUGGGCAUCUUUUGCCGUGAACUGUUGGACUGCGUCCAUGAGUACUGGCAAAGUAAUCGCGUCUUCCUAAUUGAGGAUCACAUCAAAGAGCUCUACACCAAGGAAUUGUUGUUCAGACGCAUACCCGCUGCCUUUCUUAAUGAGAAGUUUCCGCCAUCAACGCCCACGGAUGAAUAUCUGAUGGGGAAGCAGCAUUUAAUUAUUAAGGACAAACUGACUACCAUUUGCACUCUGAUAAGCGAAAUCAUGGACCCGCGCCGCACGACAGACGUGACAGCGCAAGGUUCAACUCUCCUGACAGACAUGUCAGUGGCAACCGAUAUCUCCGAGAUGGAUGGUGGUGAAAGUGAUGAGGAGCCAAGCAUGCAUCCCAGUCGUUCCAGCCGUUCCAGUCGCUCCCUGAACCAAGAGCAACGCUUGACUGUGACGAUUUCGGAGACAUUGCCAGCGGAGAUUUUCCGGAAGCUGCUGCCGGAAAUCCAACGAAUUGAACUGGUGCUGUCCUCUACGCGCUUCUACUACACGCUCGAGGAAUUCUGCGCGCUGUAUGGCAAGGUGCCAUUCGCACGCGACGAAGAUGGCCUCUUCUGGCCCAUACAGAAUAACUACGCGCCACCAAACAUCUUCCGGCGCACACCAUUCGAUAUCAACCUGACCUUUGCGGACUAUGCGGCCGAAAUGAAUCGACGCCUGCAGGAGGAGCAGGAGCAAAAUAAGGCCGAGCUGGAAGCAGCUGCUGCGGCUGAGGCGAGUGCCGCGGCACAGUCCGAGCCACAGGCACGGCCGAAGCACAAAGAGGAGGAGCCAAACGAUUGAUAUAAUCGACAGCAUAUAAGUAAUUUGUUUUUGUUUGAAAAUUCUUUUAGUUCGUUUUUGUUUGUGGUUGCAAGAAAUUGCGCUCAGUGUAGACACAUCAUUGGAUAUUAUCAACAAGAGUCGUUGUCGCUCUUAUCUAUCAAAACUCGCGUUCGGUUACAAAGUUUUCGCUCCUGUGCACAUGACUGCAUUCAAUGGGUAGGCGGUGGCUCGCUGACUGAAGGUGGUGGUGUGGUGUCUUCAAUGGAGCCGCGGCUCGGCUGUGGCUGCUUACUUGUUUUGGCUUGCCACUUGAAUGGCUCGACUCUGUUAACAUAAACAUAAAUUUGUGCACAUCCUUAAGAAGACAAACACACACAGACACACUAAUACACAUUAAUACACAUGUGCUGUGGGCUUGGGCUCUUAACAUAAACCGCAACAGACGCCAGCUGUCAGUUCUAAUACCGUUAGCUUGCAGCUGUCAAAAGCUGUUGCUGUCAUUUUAAGUCACUUGACAGUCCAAAAGGCAAAUAUUCCAGCACACACACACACACACCACAUAAGCAGCCCACAUGCACAUAAUUAUAGCUGCUCAAAAUUUGGUUUUACAGCAUUCAAGUGUAAGGCUUAAAAUUCCCAACUCCUUUUGGCAUAAAUAAUAUUCAAAUUAUAUAUAUGGUACUAGCUUUAGUUUUGUGGCUGCAAAUGUAAUAAAGCUUAGAAUGGAGCGGCAAA